GAAAUGCUUUUUUCUAAGUGUAUUAAUUUUACUAGUGAAAUAAAACGGGUGCACAAAUUUUAGAAAAAUAUCUGCUUUCCCACAAGAUCCUUAUAUGGCGUGAAAGAUUAUCAGACAGGCGCAUAGCAUCGCCGCCUAAACACAGAAAUGUGGUCCUCGUGCGACACAUCUCUUCAGCGCAUGCCCAGUAAAUGCUGCUGCCGUAUCCAGCAGCAGCAGAAACACCGAGGAAGAGCUGGGGAUGGUCACUUUAUUAUCAAAAAAUAGCACCGAUAUACCUCAACAAAAUGAGAAUCCAUAACUCAUACAUUGAGAUUGUGGUGAGGGGAGAGUAACUCAUGCUGCAUUAGUGGAACAGUGACAUGCUGGCCUGCCUGCCAGCAUCAGGUGACGCUUCCAUUCAUCUUCUCUCCCGCACGCAGAUGAACACUGGGCUUCAGAAAUGGGAAACUACAAAGAAAAUGAGAUCUUCCAACUACCCUACCCCAGCACAGUUGGACGCCUAUGCUAAGAAAAUCGCCAACAACCCGCUGACAAUCCAGAUCUUCCCAAACAGCGUCAAAGUACCUCAGAGGAAGCACAUCCGGCGCACGGUCAACGGUCUGGACACGUCUUGGUCCAACCAGCGCCUCAGCCCCUACCCCUCUCAGGUCAGCGGCAGAGCAGGCCUCCUCGCCGUCCUGCGCACGCCUGCCAAAGGCAUCAGAGACUCAGACGGAGGUCGCGUGAGGCUCCUCCAAAAGCCCACCACCACCAUGAACCCCCACAACGGACCCUAUGCCACUCAAAGCACUUUAAACCUCCCUCAGCCCUCCUCCGGCCUGCAGGGCCCCUCGAUGCCUCAGGCCCUGGCCGCCCACAAGCAGCUGAUGGCUCACCCACAGACACUACAGCAGCAGCAGCACAACCUGGCUCAUCCAAUGAAUCUACAGCAGGCCCAAGCCAUGCCCCACCCUCACGCUCUGCAGCAGCAGCGUAUGGCUCGCUCGCAAGCUCUGCAGCAACAGAACAUGGGCCCCCAGACAGGACAACAACAACAACAGCAGCAGCAGCAACAACAGAGCAUGGGCCCCCAGCUGCAGACCGGACAACAACAACAGCAGCAGCAGCAGCAGCAGCAAACCCAGAUCAUGGCUCAUCCCCAAGGCAUGCAGAGGCAGCACAGCCUGCCCCACCCCCAGCAGCAGCAGCAGCAGCAGCAGCAGGGGCUUACGGGGCCGCCGAGCCUGCCGCCCCAACACCGGCCUCCGCACCCGCACCAGGCGGCCCUGCACCAACAAGCUUUACUCCAACAGCCAGGGCUGACUCAGGAUCUGCGCCACGCGCCGGACGGGGUCCAGCUGCCCGGCCUACAGCAUUCCCAGGGCCCACCGGGGCCCCAGGCUGCCGGCCCGGGGCCCCCUGACAACAACGCUAACGGCCUCCAGCAGCAGCCCGUCGUCUUCGGACCCCACCGGAAGCCCCCCGAUGCGGACGCCCCGCCAAACAUCACCGUAUCUACCUCAACCAUCCCACUGUCCAUGGCGGGCAGUCAGCACCAGAACCGGCACGGAGACCUCAAUAGCAUCGUGAACCAGAUCAACCAGUUCUGCCAGGCCCGCGCGGGCAUGGGCGCCACGUCGGUGUGCGAGGGUCAGAUCGCCAACCCCAGCCCCAUCAGCCGCAACCUGCUCAUCAACGCCAGCUCCAGGGUGUCCAAUCACAACCAGGGCCCCAUGUCGGCCUGCCUCAUGACGGGACCACCGGACAAGGCCCAGGGCUCUGCCGGAGCGAUGCACCCACAGGCCAGCAUGGCCGCCAUGAGCAGCAUGGCUGCCUACCACGCAGAGACAGAGAAGCUCCAGAUGCAGCACAUUCAGCAUCAGCUGAAGCAGCAGCAGCAGCAGCAGUCGCUCCAACACCCACAGCUGCAGGCUCGUCAACAGUCGCACCAACACCCACAGCAUUCAAACCAACACCCACCCCAGCAGUCGCAGCAACACCCUCACCAACACCCUCACCAACAGUCUCACCCGCACCCAUCACAGCAACCACACCAACACCCGUUGCAUCCACACCAACACCCCUCACAGGCCCAACAACAACAGCAGCAGCAACUGCAACAACUGCAGCACCAGCAGCAGCAACAGCAGCAACAACAACAACAGCAACAACAACAUCAACGGCAGCAGCAGCAGCUCAACCUGCAGCAGCAGCGCUGGGCCCAGCACCAGAUGGCCCACAUGCAGCAGUCCCACGAGGAGGUCAACCCCUGCAAGAACCCCCGGAUGGAGGCUCCCUCCGAGCCCGGCUUUCCCGGCUCCCGGAACCUCGGCUACCCCCACAAGCUGCCCGGCGCCGCGCAGUCCUUCCCGCUCAAGCAUCCUCCGGAGAAGCCCCAGUCGUCGGCGUCCCCCGUCGGCGGCGGCGGCCCCACGGCAGCCAUGCGCUACGCCAACGGGCACUACAUGCAGCCGCCCUGGACCGGCAUCCCCGCCAUGGGCACCGGUCCUCAGGAGCUCCCGGUCCCCUUCCAGGGACUGCCGCCCGGGGCCGCCACGGACUGCAACCCUGGGGCAAAGUACCGGCCGGGGAAGGCGGACGCCGGCGGUCCUCCCAAGCUGAUGCCGGGCAUGGAGUUCCUGGGCGGGGACCUCCAGAUGGCCGGCUACCACGAGCAAGGCCUGGACUUGGUGGAGAAGAUGCAGAGGCAGCCGGGUCCCCCUCCUCCUCCCCCCCUCGGACAGGUGCAGGACCCCGGCAACGGCCGAGGCAUCCAGGGCCACCACGCGGGCUACCGUUAAACGCCGCGCUGGAGCAGCACACGGAAAGUGGGUCACGUUUCGUGCGUGCUGCGUCCCACAGUGUACCACCCACCCCCCCCCCUCCCCCCCAUUGUGCUCGUCCCGCGUCGCCUUGCACGUGAUGGAUUGCGUCCCCUUGUUGUACGUGCCGCAGGGGGGGCGGGGGGGGGGGCGUCUCCUGGCUGCCCGGCUGCCCGCGGCUUCACAGUAUUCCUCAGGUCGUGCGUUGUUUCCUUUGUUCCACAUGAAGGGAUUGAAGAGAUUGUUCCACUGUUUUAAAAUGGAUUCCUGUUUUUACUGCAAACAUGAAUGUGCUGCUCUCUGUAUUUAUCUUAUUUAAAACGAGAUGUGGAGGACACUGUCGCAGCGAUGACCUCGAGGGUGAAUCGCGCAACGUUUUUUGUUUUUUAUUUUAACGAAGGGAUGCCCAGAAGCAAGAUUUAGGCUGUCCUUUUGGUUUUAUAAUACUUUUUAAUUUAUCUUCUUUUCAAGAUUGUAAUCAACGAUGGUUACGCAUAUUUUUCUGGAUUUCCGGUUGGGCUUUUAAAUACACUUGGAGUGUUGCUCCUGCGCUCGGGGAACGGUGAACGAUGGUAUCAGAGCGGUUCCUUGAACGGCCACAUGGAUUUUCAGAGCCUACUUCACGUUGCCUCGUGUAGGCAGAAUGACAGAACUCAACACACAUGUAAUGGAUUAAAUGCAAGCGCAUUCAUAAGGCAACAGCAAUAUAUAUUUCUCCCUGAAAUUAUAUCUUCCAUUUCCUCUUGCGUUGGUCCAAGUGCCAUAUCCUGAUAGGGUUAAUUAAUACUUUAUAUAGAGAUGUCUUCAAAGGUUUUUAUUCAAAUUCUAUUAUUUUAUGUUUUAUGUUGUCGGUUACUACUUGAUUCAUAGUGGACAUUUUGAAUAGUUGGACAGGUGUAGGAAUUAAAUGAUCACUAUCUUUUCUAAAACCUUCUGCUUAUGUGCAAUGGAAAUGUUGGCUUUUACAGAAUGGACUUCAUAGAUGUCAAUGAUUCUUAACUAAAAUUGACCCCUAGCAAGAAAUGAAAUCAGGAAAGGAAGCCUAUUGUUAUGGUUCGAGACUACUUCUAGCACCAAUGUAUUGCUUUAACAUGUAGGACAUUUCAAAAUGGUAAUUAUUAGUGUGUGCGUGCUAGGGAUGUGUCGGUCGCGACUGAUUCGUUACAACGAACGAAUCCCGAACGUGAACGACAAGAACUGGUUCCCCAAAACAAGAAGAACUGGUUCUUUGAUUCUUUUUUUUUAACAUCAACCAAACAUAUGGUCACGUAAAUAAAAUAUACAAACGAACAGAGCUCCGUCUCCCCGCGACUUAUAUUGAUUGAGUCUACAACUUCCUCAAAGAUUCAGCCAAUGAGAGGUAGCAAUGGUGUUGGAAUGGCACCUGGGUAAACCAAUGACAAGGCGGUACCGUCGAAUAUGCGCGCUUUCUCUCUCUGACGUAUCUUGGGUCAUACCAUUCGACUCAUAUAUCCCCCUACAUUUUUUCGAAAAUAGACUUGACCUCCAUCUGUUUAUUGGAUAAACGCAUUUCCCAAUCCCAGGAGUCUUUGCUCCAUUCUACGUCAAUUUAAGAACAAACAAAGAAAUUAAACUGCAGUUCGUAUUUUUUAUUUAUGACCAUGCAAGUUCUGUAAUGCCUGAACAAUGAAGAAUUAAAUGUAAAGUAAAAUAAAAUUAUAAAUGUAAAACCAUGAAUGAAAUAUAGAGAGUAAGCAAGUGGUAUAAAUAUUGGUGGGACGUUCGACAUACUAAAUAGCAGGCAUCUCCAAACGGCGUACUGCGGUCUUGACGGUCCUAUCCAGACCCACGACCAAUUAAAAAAAAAAAAAAAUUAUAAAAAAAAGUUUUUUUAUUUUUAAUUUUUUUUAAGAUGUAAUCUGACGUAACGAACGAAUCAAAACGAACGAAUCAAAUAAACGAAUCGUUAUAGUGAACUGAACUGAAAGAACUAGUUCCCGGAAAAGAAUCAUUUUGCCCAUCCCUAGUGCGUGCGUGAGAGAAGGCUCUUGACCUGCUUAACACUAGCCUUAUCCUUUUGUUCAAUGUAUAUCUACUACCUAUGAAGAGAAAAGAACCUCCCCACUUUGAUUACUGGUUAAAUGGGCUACAGUCUAGCGUAUACUCCUCCACUUUCUUACCUUUUUCUAGUAUGACAAUAUAACAGGCCUUGGGGACAUACUUCCCUGGUCCUCAUAAGCCUUAAUUAUUCCAAUAGUUAUCCACUACACAACUCCUUGAUUUAAACGAUAACGUUAUUUUGCAGGAUGUGACAUUAAUAACUUCUGCUGUGGGUGUUACAUUUUCAUUGUUUUAUCUAGAGGAAAGACUUGAAUUCAAAAUGGCCUCCAUCAGGAAUGUGUAGUUGCUGUUUACUUCAACAAAACCCAGUUUCUUCCAAAAAAAAAUGUCUCAACGUAUUAACCUAUUAUGGAAAAAUUCCCCUCCACCGUGGUGUAAAUUCUAAACAUGAGUUCCAAAAGUUUGUUGGUAUGUAGAACUGGGCUAUACCAGUUGUGUAAAAGUCCUCCGGCACCGGUCUUUCUUUCGGUUUUUGUACUUGAUGGAUGUUUUUUUUGGUUUAACUUAUUCUCUGUUAACUGUUUCAUGAAGCCAUAAGUCGGUCAGAAUGAGGUACCAAACGUGACACGUGUGACCAUGGUCCCCAACCACCACCCUGAUGGGCAGCAAGUGGCCAGGGUCAAGUGUUUUUAAGCGUGCUUUAAUCUGAGGUCCUGUACUGUAAAACCCUAUAGCUUUCUUCCUCUCUUCUACCUUCUGGGAACGGGAGGGCGAGCGUAGAGCGCCAUGAAGCGACCCUCGGGGUUCAAGCCUUAGCUUUUUCACGAUUCGGGUUUCUUUACUUUGGUUCCUUUUUUAGCGUUUUUUUUUCUUUUUUUAUGUAACAUUUCUUGGCUCUGACGUGCCUGCCCCUUGAAGCUGCUGUUGAAUCUUAAAACACUAGUCGUGUGUGUGUGUGUGUGUGUGUGUGUGUGUGAGUCGAUUGUUUCGGUGGUCAUUUGCAUACUUCUCGGUUUGACUCUGUUCAACUGUUAACCCUAUCCCGAACCUCUACUUGAUGACCCACUUGGAGUACUCUGCCUCAUCUUUCCAAAUCCUAUCAAACUCGUCCAAAAAAAAAAAAACAUCAAAGCGGCAUAGUUCUCUCUUCAUAACCGCGAGCCACCGGGGCCUGAAUAAUACAAAUAAAUGUAGCUGGUCGGUUGGAUAAUUCUCCGUUGGUACGUUGCUGUGCGUAUUUUUUCAUCGACGACACCAGACGUUGAAAGGGUGGGGGGGUGAACAUGAGACCAGAGGGACAUCAAACCUUUCCCUGAGCGUGGUUGUGCUCUGCCGUGCCGGGCCCCCCCACAUUCAUGUUCCACAGCUGUCCUAUGAAGUGCCUCCGUGUUGGACGGGUGCUGCCAGGGGCCAAACGGGUCAGAGGGCUGGCGCGUGUGAUGUGUGUGGAUGUGCGUGUUGAGGGUCGACUGGAGGCUUUAGGUACUUGCACACAAGUGGUGCACACCCGAGAGCAAGAGGUGCACUAAAGGUGAAUUACUGUUGGAUUUUCUUGUUUUUUGGGGGAGGAAGUCACAAUUCUUUGAACUACUGAUGCUGUGUCAUGGGACACGGCCCCAAAGUGUGCCACAAUUUCUAGACACUGUUGCAAUGCGUGUUGUAUAGGACUGUUUGCCGUCUGCUCACUGACCAAAGUGACCAAGCGCCCUUCUUUUUGAACCACCCCGGUCCCUGAAAGACCUGUGUGCGCUUUUAUUUUGAAAUAUAGCUUGUUUUAUCGAGGCGGGGUGGACAAGAGUCAUCUGGUCUUCAGUAAUGCCUGUGAAAAUAAAUUGUGAAGAUGUGACUAGAGUAAAAAUAAAAGACUAAAAGAGUCAUUGUCCCCAGUAUUUCUUUUGGCCAAAUUUUCAGGGCUAUUUUGGGCCCGUGUUCAUGGCCAUAUCAUUUAUAUGUUCACCAUGUAUGAUUGCACAAUGUUAUCCUAGUCGAAUAGAUGGAUAGAUAGGCUAAGUCUAAUCGUUUAUUUGUGAUUUGCAGUUGAUAACAGAAUAAUCAAUAGGAAAUCAAAUUAUUUGUAUCUUAACUGCCAGAUCUUAAAUAAAAGCAGUUAAUGCAAUGAAAGUGGAUUCAACAAUAUCCAUUCACUUUAAAAACAAGCUAAAAAACUAAUGUGAUCAAAUAGAUGUUUUUUUUGUCUGCAGUGAGUAAAUUAAACAAAUGCAGUUUUCGAAUAAAAAGGAGACAACCUAUGCGUUUCAGAUCAAUAUUGAAAUCACAUAAUUUGAUAAACCAUGGUCAAAAUGGUUUAAAAGUGCCUUGCUUAUUGUUUUCACUCAAGUUUACACAUGCAAAUAUACAUGCAAUAUUGUGUGCUUCUUCAGUCUGAAAUUAAAUUAGAAAGGUAAGAUUUUAUAUUUUCUUCAGCUAACCAUCCAAUCCUGUAUUACCUUCAGUUUGAUUAUAAUGUCCUCCAGACCAUGGUUUUAUUUAUUUUCAAACAAUUUCUAUAGCAACCUAGGUUUCCAAAAUGACCUUAUUGUCCCACCACCCAGUCCCAGAGUUCAACAGGCUGGGAGAUGUUUAGUUAAGGAAAUGGAGACAGUCGUUAAGUUCAGGGCCAGACAGUAAGAUGUUGGCCUCUAGGAAUUCUCUUUUUUUGCAUAGGAAAUUCCCUUUCCUAACGAGAUGACCCGGAAGUACUUGGAGGAAAGGUGUUUGGAAUUCUAAAAAUGCUUAGGAAAGGAGCCUCGAUGCAUCCUUUAACCCUCCUUUAGCAUAGGUUACUCCUGAGGAACCUUUACGAAAGGAAAGGAGAUAGUGGUAACCCGUUAUCCUUAAUGGCGGCAAUAUUUAAAGCAACAUGCCACCGACGAAGUUUACCGACUCUAAGCAAAGAAGCAUGAGAGACGCAGAAAGAAGAGAAGAAAAUACAAUUGAUAAUAAUGGAUAGUAACCAAUUCCAGAAAUAUGAAAUUAAUGAGUUAAUUUAUUGCGGGUAAUUAAGCACACGAUAUACAACGUAAGAUAAGAAAAUGCCGACAUCACAUUUAAGAAAGACAGUUAAUUUCAACAUCAACAUAAGUUGAGCCUCUUUUUUACCCAUGUCAAUUGGGAUUCAAGUGGCCUAAAAUAUCCCCGUGGGCCAAGUCUGACCUAAGUGUUUCUCACUGUUGGCGAUAACCUGAUUGAUAUCAAUACGCAAGAACGCAUGGAUCGAAAGAGCGCUUGUUGUAGUCCAACUUCGGUAAACUGUAGUUCCACGCUAGAGACGCUAGAGGUCAGCAUUAC